CAAAAAAUGCAAUCCCUAAGCAGGGCUCAUUACAAAAAGCCCGUUUCUAUCUUGUUUCUCUCACUAUCCUCUCUGUGACAAAGUUCCACCAUCCACACACGAUGAAGGAUGGAGAUGCGUAGAAUACAGAGAGAGAAGUGAAUAAGGAUUAAGGAAGGAGAGGAUGAACUGGUCAUGCUUUCCAUGGCCAAACCUCAUUUCUUCACCCAUCGCGUUGCGGCUGCAUUUUGUUCGAGCUCGUUUCCUUCAUCCUCUUCAAAUUCCCCUUGUUAGUUGUUACAGUUGCUGCCUUGUCAAGCCUUCUGUGACUCCAGUUGUUCUCUCCUCCAGAAGACCUCCCUGCAACUCCCUUGUCUCCCAGGCAGUAAGACUGCUGGGUCCUCCUGCAAGAUUCGAUGCUUCAAAGCUCAAAGUUGCAUUUACCAGAGAAAAGACUUGUACAUAUAGCAGAGUUUUGCCAAGAAUAUACACACUUUCACAUUGCGAUUUUACAGCAAAUUUGACAUUAACUAUCUCAAAUGUCAUCCACCUCGAUCAGUUGAACAGGUGGUAUAAUAAAGAUGAUGUCAUUGCUGAAUGGAUAGAAGUGAAAGGAAAUAUGUGCCUUUAUGUCCAUUGCUUUGUGAGUGGACCAAAUCUCUUACAAGAGUUGGCUGCAGAGUUUAGAUACCUUAUAUUCUCGAAGGAGUUGCCAUUGGUACUUGAGGCUGUCUUAUAUGGUGAUUCAGCUCUGUUCAAAGAGCAUCCAGAACUAACAGAUGCUUCAGUUCAAGUCUUCUUCCAUUCUAGUUCAAAGAAAUACAAUCAUGUUGAAUGCUGGGGGGCGCUCAAGGAUGCCGUGAAGGGAAGACCAAGAGAUCACAUGAAUGUACUGUGAUCAUCAGCUAGAAGGAAAGCAACAUUCUCGACCACGUAAUAUUUGAGGAAGCACCGAGUCCAUCUCCCCAAGCAGUGGAAACCUUUCCUAUAACAAGGGUGUCUAGAACCUUUGGCCUGAAGAAUCCUGCAGACCCAGAAACUAAUGGCCAGGUCAAACUCCCAUUGAUCCUCGGGGGGGGGGGGGGGGGGGGGGGGGGGGAUUUGUUGAACUAGUUACCUCGGUGAACUUUUUGUUGGAAGGUUAAGGAGUGACAACUUUUCUCCUAUAAUUUGUACAUUAAUGGCAGUUCAACCCUUAUUGAUCAUUUGGUUCUCUACUUCUCUGGUAUGCACUAGGAGUUGCAUUUGUAUCAUUCAGGUAGUAAGCUUUACAAAUGUUCAAACAAUUGACUGUGGUUGCAGUCUUGCAGAUAACCAGAUAGUAAAAAAUAACUUCAAUGACCACAGUGA